UGGGAGAUGUUGAUCUAAUACGUAGAAACUUCUUCUUAGUCUGUGGAAAAGGAAGCAAGAGCAUCCUUUACUCAUUGUUUACAUUUUACAACUUUAAUAUUAAGUUUGUAGCUUAGUAGGAUAGGAAUUAAUGUAAAAUAACAAUUUAAGCCUUUUAUUAGAAUAAUGGCUGAAAUAUAUAAGUUAAUUCAUCCACUUAAAUAUUUUAACGACUACAUUUCACGAGAAAUUCGUCCAGAUGGUCGUAAAUUCCACGAAUGCCGAAAUAUUAAACUGAAUGUGAACUCAUUAAAAACAGCUGAAGCAUCGGCUGUGGUAAAAUGUGGAAACACCACCGUUGUAUGUGGAAUACAAUUGGAAUUAGCGUCUCCUAAGGCUGAAGAACCAGACUUUGGCUACUUAGUUACGAAUUUAGAACUUCCUGCUUUAUGUUCCUCAAAAUACAGACCAGGCCCACCUUCCGACCAUGCACAAGUUACAAAUUACUUAGUAUCAAAUAUCAUAGUGAAUUCAAAAUGUAUAGACUUGAAAGACCUUUGUAUUGUACCUGAUAAACUAGCCUGGGUAUUGUACUGUGAUAUGGUAUGUCUAGAUAAUGAUGGGAGUCUAGUUGAUGCUUGUAUUAUAGCAUUAAUUUCUAGUCUCAAAACAUUACGCCUGCCUACUGUUACUUAUGAUGCUGAAACAGAAGACAUCAAUGUAGAUCCUGAUAUAAGAACACCAUUGAAAGUAUAUGGUUUACCAGUAGCUACAAGUUUUUCUGUUUAUAAACUUCCAGAAAGGGACAUCUUGAUAACUGAUCCAUCCAUUUAUGAAGAAGAAAUGUGUGGAGGGAUUGGCUCAAACUUCAUUGUAUGUUCAAAUCAGAGUCUGUUGUGUGGCACACAGAAAUUUGGUGGCAGUAAUCUUCCACCUGAAAGUCAAGAAGAAGCUCUAAAGAUUUCCAGAGAUAGAGCUAAUGUUGUGGAGAAAGUUAUAGAAACUUGCUUAGCAAAUAAUUGUGAAAUAAAUGAAAUUUAA